AUGAAUACUCGCAAUAUAUACUUUGCUUUAUUCCUAUGUCUAUUGGGAUUUAAGGGGUGUUAUGCUGAUGAUGAUGAUACAACAAUUAAACUAGAAGAUACUAAGGGGACAUCAUCAACCCAUCCAGCUGAAGAAAGCUCUGGAGAACAAUCAAAACCUAAGGUUACUCCAAUUACAUUUGACAUAAAUGAUCAAAAGGAAUCUAAUCAAAUUAGAUACCAAUAUGACUCGUCAGAGGACAGCCACACCUUCGAAACUAAGGAGGGAUUCGCAAUAGAGAAGGUUUUGAAAGGUACUACAGUUCUUUGGGAAUCCAAAGAUUUUGGAGGUCAGUAUGGUAGUAGAGUAAUAAUUAAAAGAGAUGCAAAUGGAGAAAAGACAUUUAUUGUAGAUUACAUUACUACCAUCCCCAAAGAUCAAGACAAGGAAACUUACUUUAAGGGUGUUACAACAGAUUCUAAAGCUACUGAAAUUGACUUAGCCAUUCCUCACACAGAAUCUGACUCUGAUGAUGAAGAACAUAUAUCAACUAAUCUCGUGGUCCUCAAUUUAAGUGAUAAAGUCACGAACCAUAUUGUUCAUUACGAACAGUUACCUAAUGGUGUCGAAAUAUUUACAGCAUUUGAGCCUUAUAGGUUUAUUUUGGUUACAAAGGGUAGUUAUACCGUAUGGAGAUAUCAGCACGGGCAAUACCCAAAUAAAGCUUACAUUCUCAAAGAUGAAAAUGCAAACCCCUAUUGUAGACUAGAAUUCCCCAAGCCGGAGCUAAAGAGUUUCAGACUACCUACUGUGAGAUCUGUUAAACUACCUCGAAAUGAUGAAGAACCGGUCGAAAUGGUGGAUAUACCUUAUAAUAUUGAUCCUGCUGUAAUGAAUCAACUUACUCAACGACAUAAAGUCGAUUUAGAUGUACACUCCAAGCUCAAUUCCUUUAACUGUGAUUAUCAAAGAAAAGGUCGUUCUCAUGUAUAUACAGCAAAGACAGGCUAUUUGUUUCACACUGUGAGGGUUGGCAACAUGUUCUUAUGGACUGCCACUGAUAUUAGAGAAUAUGCUCACAGGGUUGAAUUUUUCUCAUAUAAAUUUCCAGGGAUGUUUGAUGUUAACAUUUUCCACUUCCCUGGUGGUAAAAAGAAAUUUAUUAAGAAUGUGGGUCCAUGGAGACAGGUUGAAUUAUCCAGAUUAAACUUAUACACAGUUAACGUCGACUCUGUGUUUGAUACAUUUGGUUAUGUUAAUAGCUUUGAUGGCACAUUCGGAGUAUUCGAUGCCAAGAGACCUUUCCUUUUUGACAGAAUUAUCAAAUAUAAUGGACCUGGUUCUAACGUAACUAACAUUUGGCAAGCCAGGAAUUAUACUGAAUAUGUUAAAAGAGUGGUUAUAGAUGGCGCACAUCCUUAUCAGAACACAAACUUCAUUCUGCUUGUAAUGAACGACAACAAAAGGAAAAUCUUGCUUAGAUUGAAUGGUAUAUGGACUGAAGUGCCGUACUGA